AUGGCGGCGAAGCCCGUGCGCGAGUACUUUGGCAAGCAGCUCCUGGCCAAGUACCUCGGCGAGGCGUCCGGCGGCGAGUUCGAGUUCGAGGGGCGCGGCAUGCUCGUGAAGAGCGGCGCGUCGGACCCGGCGAGCCCGUCGUCCUGGGCCGCGCUGCUCGCGGCGCACCCCUGGGCCAGGGACGCGCGGCUGGUGGCGAAGCCCGACCAGCUCAUCAAGCGGCGCGGCAAGGCGGGCCUGCUCGCGAUCGACAAGAGCUUCGACGAGUGCCGGGCCUGGGUCGACGCGCGCAUGAACGCGACCAUCGACGUCGAGGGCGUCGAGGGCGUGCUCCACACGUUCCUCGUCGAGCCGUUCGUGCCGCACGCGCAGGCCGACGAGUACUACGUCUGCGUCGUCUCGAACCGCGAGGGCGAGGAGCUCCUCUUCUGCAAGGACGGCGGCGUCGACGUGGGGGACGUCGACGCCAAGGCGAAGCGGCUCCAGGUGCCCCUGGGCGAGAGCGCGGCGCCGGACGCGCUCGCGGCGGCGCUCCUCGACGGCGUCCCGGAGGCGCGGAAGCCCAAGCUCGCGCGGUUCCUCGCGACGCUGCUCGGCGUGUACCGCCAGCUCCACUUCGUCUACAUGGAGAUCAACCCCAUCGGCCGCGUCCGGUCCAUGGAGACGAACGCCGUGCUCCUCAUGAAGGGCGACUCCUGGCCGGGCAUCCGCGGCACGGGGCUGACGCACAAGUCGCCCUCGGGCUUCUGGCUCGGGUCCGACGCGCCGAAGCGACUCAUCCUCAAGGUCGACCUCAACGACAACCGGCCCCCGCUCGCCGACGACUCGGACGGCGAGGGCGACGACGAGGAGGACGAGGAGGGCGGCGAGGAGGAGGACGAGGAGGACGAGGACGAGGACGAGCCGCCGCCGCCCGAGCCGAAGCGCCAGCGGCGGCGCUAG